AUUUGUUAACUACCUCUGGCUUUGGUAAGCAAAACACAGGAGGUGGCCAUAAUACAUAAGUAUUUUUUAUAAGAAAUUUGGAUUUUCUAAUAUAUACUAACUCAUUCAAAAGUGUAAAAACGGGACCCCAUAAAUUUCUCGGUAUAGAUAUGAGUUAUUGUUUUUGUGCUUUAAACUCAAGCUGCUGAAGCUAGGGGAAAAUGUACCUGCGCGGUUGUCCUUAAUUAAUGAAUAAAAAAAUACCUUCAUUCGGAUUUUAGAAACAAAAGUGAAGUAAACAUGAAACCACAAUUACAAAUAAACUAUCAAAAUAUAUGUAUUUCUACACGUUGGUACAUGUCAUAUCUUUUUGGUCACAUGUUUAAUUUUAAUUACGUAAAUGUAAGCAACAUAUUAUUUUUUAUGAUACAUAUAUUGUCUACAGUUUUGAGGUAUGUGGGUGAGUAUGUAAAGAUAAUAAAAUUAUCUCGUUAUAUGAAUUAUCUCAUAAUAUGGUCAGGCUAUUGAGAGGCCAAUGACCGUAAGUUAAUAGUAAAAUAUACAUUUUUACUGAGUUUACUUUAUACUGUCUGCAAGAUGGCUAUUUUAGUCGCGAACUGACAGUGGUACUAUGGAUUUCAAAAAAAUAUUAUUUUUAUUAAUAACUAUUAGUGCUGCACUAUCUAACCGAGUUAGCCACACACAUCAAAAACGGCAAUGGAAUGUCUACAACAAGAAUAUACAUAAAAGGAUACAUUCAGACGACAUCAAUACAACUACAACAGUUACAUCAACAACAGCAAAUACACCAAUUGAAAAUAAAGUAAAAAUCACGGUUUAUUACGAGACGUUGUGCCCGGCAAGCGUGAGGUUCCUCACGCACCAACUGAAACCGGUCGUGGAGAAACUUUCUUCAUAUUUGGACGUACAACUGGUGCCAUAUGGUCACGCAAGGACGUACAAAUCGGGCGAUCGUUACCUGUUCAGAUGUCAGCACGGGCCUGCCGAGUGUUACGGCAACAAACUGCACGCGUGUGCAAUAGACGCGCUGCAGAACAACACGCAGGCGGUGCUCUUCAACGCCUGUCUUAUGCAGUACAGUUACAGGAGCUACAGAGUGGAUUAUAUAUCCGUGCUUAAUUGGUGCGGGUACAAGCUGAACGCUCCAAUCAAUGGCAUAUGGGAGUGUGUCAAUAGUGAACGCGGUUCUAUAGUGCUUAAAAAUUUCGGGGCACUAACUCAUGCGCUGAGUCCUCGAUACGUGCCUUAUUUAGUCUUCGACGGAUCCUUAGACAAUCAAGCUCGAGCAAACUUAAUGUCGGCAGUAUGUCGAAGACUGCAUCCUGCACCUCCGUCCUGUUAUUACUACAUAUAGAAAAUACCAGGAAAUCGAUAAGAAUACCUACUCUAUGCUAAUAUUUCUAUUGAAGACUAGCUUAUUCCCGUGGCUCCGCCAGUGUGUAAAAAAGUAUAACAUGAAGCCUAUAUUUUUAGUUAGACCUCUAGCUAUACAUCAGUAAAACUGCAUAUAAUUACAUACAAUUUUAUUAUAUGUAAAGCUUCAUUAUAAAAAGAUACAGAUAAUGCUAUUUUAUAGAAACUUCAUAAGUUACGCAACGAAUAUAGCAAAUAGGAAUUGUUUUCCGGCCAUAUGCGUACUUACGCCUCUGAAAUAGAAUCUACUCUCUCAUGAUAUGGAAAGCUGCCUUCGUAUUACAAUGUACAAUCUAUCUUAUACUGUAUCCGACGUAUCGAAACAAGGAGAAAUCGAUUCACAUGAUGCAGGCUUAUUCCUGCACCACAGGGCAAAGUAAUGUAGAAAUUCUAAGGAGUUGAAAUUGCUGCUCUAUCGAAUUAUAUAAGUUCAUACAGAGUUUCAUCUUAGCAAUUCUGUGAUCUCAAACUUUUUAGGCACUUUCUGAAAGUCCUCCGAUAAAGUAUGUAAAUGUACUAGAACGCUAGUAUUAUGCAAUUAAUACCUUUAUUAUAAUGUUGUAUGUGCUAAAAUGGUUAUAUUAAUGUCACUUUUCAAAAUAAACUAAAAAUAUAUGUUAAAACAAAGAAAUUCA